AUGACGGACGCUGCCAUCAUAUCAACAUUAAAUAAUAUUUCAGUUGAAAUAAAUGCAAUUUUUCCUAUUAUUCUUUUAAUAGCCGGUACUUUCGGUCAUAUAUGUAAUGCUAUUAUAUUUUCCAAACGUUCUCAACGUACAAAUCCAAUAGCAGUUUAUUUUCUUUGUGGUACAAUACCGAACAUAAUUGUAGUUUAUCUAGGAGUAUUAAUACGUUAUUUUCAAGAUAAUGAAAAUAUUGAUCCUGUAAAUAAUAAUCUUAUUGCAUGUAAAAUACGUUCAUUUUUAAUAUAUCUAUCAUUCAGUUUAUCAAAUUGGUAUAUUUUACUGGCAACAGUUGAUCGUUAUUUAAUAAGUUCAGAUAAUAAUAGUCGACGAUUAUUAAGUUCAGUUAAGAAUGCUUAUCGUGCAAUUGGUAUUGUGACGAUUGUUUCUAUACUUCUCUAUUGUCAUAUUCUUAUUUUAUAUACUAUUCAAACAUUUCCGAAUGCAUCUAGUCAUUUACAGAAUUACUGUUAUCCACAACGUGGUUC